AUGGCCGCCAACCUAAUUGAAACUGAGGCUACGCCCAUGAAUGACAGAGUAAACGAAUUACGAGCUUUUGAUGACACAAAAGCUGGUGUCAAAGGCCUAGUUGAUGCUGGACUUACCAAGGUGCCAAGAAUAUUCAUUCAACCACCAGAUGAUUUCGACAAGAAAUCCAACCCACAAUAUGAAUUUCCAUUGAUAGACCUAGAAGGUUUUUGCGAUGAUCUCAAUAGGCGAAAAGAGAUAAUUGACAAGGUUAAAGAUGCAGCAGAGACAUGGGGUUUCUUCCAGGUGAUUAAUCAUGGGAUCCCGGAUAGUGUUUUGGAGGAAACGUUGAAUGGAGUGAGGAGUUUCUAUGAACAAGAUACAGAGGUCAAGAAAGAAUGGCACACCCGAGAUGUCUCGAAAACCGUAGUAUAUAACAGCAAUUUUGAUUUGUAUAGUGCUCCAUCAGCCAACUGGAGGGACACCCUUUUCUGUCAAAUGGCUCCUCAUAUUCCAAAACCUGAUGAAUUGCCCUUUGUGUGCAGAGAUAUUAUGAUAGAGUUUACCAAGCAAUGGGUUGAUGUUCCUCCAGUUCCUGGAGCUCUUGUGGUCAAUAUUGGAGAUCUUCUACAGCUCGUAUCAAACGACAGGUUUUUCAGUGCAGAACACAGAGUACUUGCGAAUAAUGUUAGUCCAAGAAUUUCAGUGGCAUGUUUCUUUAGGAGUGAUAUAUCUGCAUCUCCAAAGCUCUAUGGACCAAUCGAAGAACUUCUAUCAGAAGAUAAUCCUCCAAAGUACAGAUCAACUACUGUGAAAGAUUACGUGACCUACUUCAACACAAAAGGGCUGGACGGAACUUCUGCGCUGUUGCAUUACAGGAUUUAG